AUGCGGCUGCGCUCCGUUCGCACAGCUUUGUGGGGCCUCUCGUUCGUCGGGCAGCUGACCGACGUGACAAUCGGUCACCGAACUGGGGCAGCAGAGACGUUGUGUUCGCUGCCGCCCGAGGCGUACGCGCGGGCCAAAGUGGCGUACCCGGCGUCCGCCUUUGCCAUCGAAGCGCUCGAGGCGCACAGCGUUGCCACGUGGUACUCGGACCGCUUCGUGGACGGCGACUACGCGCAGCUCGCGACGGACCUCGUGGCCGCCUGUCCACUGACGUCGCGGAUCAGUGUCGUCGUCUACGGACUGCCGGAGAAGGACUGUGCGGCCAGAGAGUCCACUGGUGGCGGCUCAGUGAACUCUGCGGCCGACUACGUCGCGUUCGUCACGACGCUCGCCACGGCGAUCGGCGAGCGGAAGGUGCAGUACAUUCUCGAGCCCGACGCCAUUGCGCUGCUCGCCGACAGCUCCAAGUGCGGCCAACGCGCGGGGUACGUCGCGAACCUGCAGACGGCCAUUGGGCUGUUGGCGUCGACCAACGAGAACGCAGAGAUCUACUUGGACGUGGGCUACUGGACGCUCCAGGACGCUGCCAAGUCGACGGUCGUAGUGGAGACUGUGAAGCAGCUCGCGGCCAUGACGAAUCGAGUGAAGGGCAUUGUGCUCAACACGUCCAACUACCAGUCCACGAGCACGUUAGCGACGCUGUGCACGGCUUUUCAGACAGCUAUUGGCUCGACGGAUCUGCACUGCAUCUUUGACACGUCCCGCAAUUACCACGGCGGCCCUGCGUCGCACGAGUGGUGCAACGUCAAGAGCGCAGGGAUUGGGGCGCUGCCGACGAAGAAGACGGGUCUGAGCAACGUCGACUACCUCGUUUGGGUCAAGCCACCGGGCGCUAGUGAUGGCACGUGUGACGGGCGCACGUCCGACUCGAUGCACGGACCUGGCGCCGGCACCUUUUCCGACGACUUGUUCCAGUUGCUGUGGAACCAGGGCAUUCUGGUCGCUGAAAAGGGGUACCCUGUCAUUGACGGUACGGUGCACGGCGUCACGACUCGGAAUAGUACGUCCUUGGGACGCGACGAAGAGGGACCGGAGCAGCACGAGCACGAGCAGGAGGAUCCAGACGACCAGGAGCAGGCGACUGGCAAGCCCAAUGGGACACCAGUGCGGACGAAAUCGGCCUUUGCGGUCGAGAAAGGAGGCAGCUCAGCUUCGGCCAUCUCGUCGACCUUCGAUGCCAGCGGUACUGCUAUCAAGUCGAAGGAAAGCCGGUUGAAGGCGGAGGAAGUGUCGUCGUCGUCGCCGUCGUCGCCGUCUCCACCGACGACAGCGUCACGAUUGGCCGACAGCCAUCAGAUCUCAAACGAGAGUUCAAGCAGCUCAACAGCAGGAAGUAGCGUGGUCGUCGUGCUCGCUGUUGUAGCUGCUGCAGUGGUAGUGCUUGCCGCCGUUGUAUACGUCCGUCGGCACCAGUCGAGGAUGCUGAGCGAGAGCAAGACGCGAGAGCUGUCAGCUUUAGCCCCUCUGCCAACAACAAUGGUCAACUUUCGACCUCAACCAGCUCUCGUUGCGCCAGACUCGUACCUUUUGUAG